AUGAAAGACCCGGAAAAAGCUGGCGUUGACCCUGCUCAUCAUGCUCCUGCCAUUGAAAAAGAUCCAGACUUGGUUGCUGGUACUGGUGUUGGUAAUGAUGGGUUGUUUGAACAUAAUAGUUCUACUUCGUCUUCAAUCAAGCAAAAGAAUGCUCACUCCGAUAUCGAGUCGCUUCAUUCUAAAACGGCUGAAGCCGGCGGUGGUGAACGAGGCAAUAUCUUAGCCCAAUACUCUGAAAAACAAACCAUGCAAAUGGGUAGAAAUUAUGCUAUCAAACACGGUUUGGAUCCAGAAUUAUUCGCUAGAGCUGCUGCUUUGGCUAGACUGCCUCAUGAAUUUAACUCGAUGCCCUUUUUAUCAGAAGAUGAGAAGGUCGGUUUGAAUAAAGAAGCUACCAAAAGAUGGCAUAUUCCAUUAAAGUUGGUUGCGGUCAUUGCUUUGGGCUCCAUGGCUGCUGCUGUUCAAGGUAUGGAUGAAUCGGUUAUUAAUGGGGCCACCCUUUUCUAUCCAAAAGAAAUGGGGUUGUUGGAUAUGAAAGAACCUCAGUUGAUGGAGGGUUUGAUCAAUGGUGCUCCUUACCUUUGUGCUUCGACUAUCGCUUGUUGGAUGAGUGAUGCCUGGAAUAAAAGAUUGGGUAGAAAAUGGACCAUUUUCUGGACCUGUUUAAUCAGUGCAAUCACUUGUAUUUGGCAAGCCUUGGUUAACUUGAAGUGGUACCAUUUGUUCUUGGCUAGAUUCUUUUUAGGGUUCGGUAUUGGUAUUAAAUCAGCCACUGUUCCUGCUUAUGCGGCUGAAACCACUCCCCAUACCAUCAGAGAAACUAAAGGUUUGACUUUGGAAGAAUUAGACGACGUCUUCGGUGUGAGUACUACAAAGCAUGCUAAAUACCAAACCAAACAAUUAUUUAUUAAUCUUAGAAGAUAUAUUUUACGUCAAAACGUUGCCGACCAACCUCCAUUAUACACUCAUCAAAGAAUGGCUGUCACCAAUCCUGAAUGGAAUGAUAAAGCUGAGGUUUCUCAUGUUGAAUAG